UUCGGCCAUGUUGGGUGUAUGUUACAGCAGGAAUGUGUAUAUCAACAAAGGGAUCGAACAUAAUAUGUGACUUGUGAUCAAUAAAUCCUGGCUGAUUAAUAGACGGAGUAUUUGUCAGGAGAGGUUUUACUGAAAGAAAUACACGAAGCAAUGCUAUGAAGAAAUCUUUUAAUAACAGAACCAAGGACUUUAACUCUGAAAAAUCAAGCAUUUUCUCAGAUUCCUAUAUGUUCUCACAGGAGAUAGUAAACAUAAACCCCAAACCAUUCUCAUGUUCUGAAAGUGGAAGAUGUUUUAGUCAUAAAGAAACUCUUGCUAGACAGCAGAGAACUCACACAGGAGAGAAACGGUUUUCAUGUUCUGAAUGUGGAAAAUGUUUUAUCAAUAAAUCAAAACUUGUCCGUCAUCAGCGAACUCACACAGGAGAGAAACCUUUCUUUUGUAGUGAAUGUGGAAAAUAUUUUGUCACUAAAGCAGUGCUUGUCCGUCAUCAGAAAGCUCACACAGGAGAGAAACCUUUCUCAUGUUCUGAAUGUGGAAAAUGUUUUGUCACUAAAGCAGAGCUUGUUUGUCAUCAGCGAACUCACACUGGAGAGAAACCGUUCUCAUGUUCUGAAUGUGGAAAAUGUUUUCAGCAACAUUCACAUCUUGUCUGUCAUCAGAAAACUCACACAGGAGAGACACCGUUCUCGUGUUCUGAAUGUAAAAAAUGUUUCAGCAAAAAUGCAGCGCUUGUGCGUCAUCAGCGAACUCACACAGGAGAGAAACCGUUCUCAUGUUCUGAAUGUGGAAAAUGUUUUGUAACUAAAGCAGUUCUUGUCUGUCAUCAGAGAACUCACACAGGAGAGAAACCGUUCUCAUGUUCUGAAUGUGGAAAAUGUUUUCGGCAACAUUCAAAUCUUGCCAGUCAUCGGAGAACUCACACAGGAGAGAAACCGUUCUCAUGUUCUGAAUGUGGAAAAUGUUUUCUUAGAAAAUCAGUGUUUGUAGAUCAUCAAAGAACUCAUACAGGAGAGAAACCAUUCUCAUGUUCUGAAUGUGGAAAAUGUUUUGGGCAACAUUCACAUCUUGUCAGUCAUCAGAAAACACACACAGGAGAGAAACCGUUCUCAUGUUCUGAAUGUGGAAAAUGUUUUGGGCAACAUUCAACUCUUGUCAUUCAUCAGAGAACACACACAGGAGAGAAACCGUUCUCAUGUUCUGAAUGUGGAAAAUGUUUUAUCAAUAAAUCAAAACUUGUCCGUCAUCAGCGAACUCACACAGGAGAGAAAACUUUCUUUUGUAGUGAAUGUGGAAAAUAUUUUGUCACUAAAGCAGUGCUUGUCCGUCAUCAGAAAGCUCACACAGGAGAGAAACCUUUCUCAUGUUCUGAAUGUGGAAAAUGUUUUGUCACUAAAGCAGAGCUUGUUUGUCAUCAGCGAACUCACACUGGAGAGAAACCGUUCUCAUGUUCUGAAUGUGGAAAAUGUUUUCAGCAACAUUCACAUCUUGUCUGUCAUCAGAAAACUCACACAGGAGAGACACCGUUCUCGUGUUCUGAAUGUAAAAAAUGUUUCAGCAAAAAUGCAGCGCUUGUGCGUCAUCAGCGAACUCACACAGGAGAGAAACCGUUCUCAUGUUCUGAAUGUGGAAAAUGUUUUCUUAAAAAAUCAGUGUUUGUAGAUCAUCAAAGAACUCAUACAGGAGAGAAACCAUUCUCAUGUUCUGAAUGUGGAAAAUGUUUUGUGCAACAUUCACAUCUUGUCAGUCAUCAGAAAACACACACAGGAGAGAAACCGUUCUCAUGUUCUGAAUGUGGAAAAUGUUUUGGGCAACAUUCAACUCUUGUCAUUCAUCAGAGAACACACACAGGAGAGAAACCGUUCACAUGUUCUGAAUGUGGAAAAUGUUUUAUCAAUAAAUCAAAACUUGUCAGUCAUCAGCGAACUCACACAGGAGAGAAACCGUUCUCAUGUUCUGAAUGUGGAAAAUGUUUUCAACAACAUUCAAGUCUUGUCAGUCAUCAGAGAACUCACACAGGAGAGAAACCGUUUUCAUGUUCUGAAUGUGGAAAAUGUUUUCGGCAACAUUCAAGUCUUGCCAGUCAUCGGAGAACUCACACAGGAGAGAAACCGUUCUCAUGUUCUGAAUGUGGAAAAUGUUUUCGUAGAAAAUCAGUGUUUGUAGAUCAUCAAAGAACUCAUACAGGAGAGAAACCAUUCUCAUGUUCUGAAUGUGGAAAAUGUUUUGGGCAACAUUCACAUCUUUUCCGUCAUCAGAGAACACACACAGGAGAGAAACCGUUCUCAUGUUCUGAAUGUGGAAAAUGUUUUGGGCAACAUUCACAUCUUGUCAUUCAUCAGCGAACUCACACAGGAGAGAAACAGUUUUCAUGUUCUGAAUGUGGAAAAUGUUUUAUCAAUAAAUCAAAACUUGUCAGUCAUCAGCGAACUCACACAGGAGAGAAACCGUUUUCAUGUUCUGAAUGUGGAAAAUGAUUUUUCGUUUAACCUAAUCUUGAUAGACAUCAGAGAUCUCACACAGGUGAUGAG